AUGGAACAUUCGGAGCUAGUUCAAGAAAUGAUAUUGUUAGAAAAACUAACAGCACAAGAAAGAUUAAAACAUGCUAAGCGACGACGACAGCAACAACUUGCAAAUUGGACACGACGGGAAGCAUCAUUAGGUAAUGGUACGAUUAUAUCAUCGAGUAUGACAAAUGGAGCUGUUACAUCAAUAUCAAAUAACAGAAAAUUAAAAUCAAUUCGAACCAAACAAUUUUUAGUUCAAUUUCCUGUAAAUGUCGUCUUAUUAGAAGCUACUGCUCGCCAAGAUGUUGACGAAGUACGUAGUCUUCUUAAAUCAGGAAAGUAUAAUCCCAAUACAGCCAAUGAAGAUGGUCUUACACCUAUGCAUCAAUGUUCAAUCGAUAAUAGCGAUCAAAUUUUACGACUGUUAAUUGAACAUGGAGGUGAUGUCAAUGCAAAAGAUCGAGAUCUAUGGACUCCACUACAUGCUGCAGCUACUUGCGGUCAUAUACUGAUAUGUAAAAUUCUUAUUGAAAAUAAUGCCGAACUACUAGCUUUAAAUGCUGAUGGAAAUAUGCCCUAUGAUAUAUGUGAUGAUGAUCAAACACUUGAUUAUAUUGAAACUCAAAUGGAUCGUAUUGGUAUAACACAAGAAAUGAUCGAUAACAAACGAGGACACGUUGAAAAUCAAAUGUUAAUUGAUUUAAACCUAUUAGCUAAAAAAUCUUUAACAUCAAUCCGUUCAAUAGAUGAUAUAUUAUCCUAUCGAAAUGAUGAGGGUGCCACACCACUUCAUAUCGCUAGUGCAAAUGGUUAUCUAAGUGUUGUUGAAUAUUUACUUCAGCAACAUGUAUCAAUUAAUCUUCAAGAUGCUGAUGGUUGGUGUCCAAUUCAUGCUGCAGCAUUUUGGUGUCAACAACCUACACUAACUCAGUUAAUUGGAGCAGGGGCAGAUAUAUAUGAAAAAAUCCCCGAUGGUCGUUCAGCUGUUGAUCUAUGUGAAGAUCCUGAUAUACGGUCGUAUAUGAUUGAAUUUCGAGAACAAUGUGUACGUAAUCAAGCUAAAGCGGCAGCCGCUGCGGCUGCUGCUGCAGCUGCUCAAUUAGAACAAAAAUUGAGUACACCUAUUCUAAUGAAUAAUCGUAUUCAUUUUGGUACAAAUUCGUUACCACAUGGUACAACACCUCGAACAGGCACAUUAUAUGAAUCUCGUUCGAGUAUAUCAUCCCCAUAUGGUAGUGGUUCAUCAUUAAAUCGAACAAGUUCAAUACGUCGAGCGUCAUUACGCGAUCGAGAAAAAGUUAAAAAAUUAAAUGAAAAUUUUCUUGAUGUUCUACAAGCGAAAGAUAAAAUACAGGAAGAUGCUGAUGAAAAUGCAACAAAUCCUACGCUAACUAAUGGUACAAUACCAUCAAAACCAAUAACUAAAGAGGAAUGCUCAAGUAGUACAACAACUACUGAUUCAACUGUACGCGACACCGCUACAACAACAGUUCCAAUAAAAAGAUCAUCAGGUAUACCUGCUGCAGAAAUACCAUUACCACCAUUAAAAGUUCCACAACCAUUACCACCAACUCAAGCAACUGCUGAUACAUUAAGUGCUGUUAAACGACGACGUGAAGAACGACGCCGCGGGAUUGGCACUCCUGCAUCAACAGCUAUUUUUUCUCCUCCUCCUGCUCCUCCGCCUCCUUCGCCUCCAAAAUCAAUUCCAUUACCUCUAGCUUCCAUUCCAAUCAAUCAUGAUAAUAAUACGAAAAUGUCAAAUGGUAAUCAUUCUUUAACAAAAAAUGAUCCAAUACCGAAUUAUUCUUCCAAAAAAUAUAUGGAAAUUCAUGGUCAUAUUGAAGAUGAUGAUCGUGAAAAACGAAUUUGUUGUACAAUUUUGUGA